UUGCGAAUGACUAAGAGAAGGGAAUAUGACUAAAGGUUGUUUUGGAGUUAAAAUAAACUACUUUUAGCAGGCUACUGUGUGAAUUUAUCAAUGGCAAAGUAACUUUAACAGUCAUGUAUUGUUUGUGCUCUUCUGUAGACAACUUUCUCUUAGUAUCCCGUGUACUUUAGACACGAUGAAAACGCCUCAGUCUAAGGUCCAUGAGGUUAAAGAAUUUCAAGCCAUAAAGUUUACAAGAAAACUGUCUGAGGAUCCACUCUUCAGGAUGGAAAACGGGGUUGCAUCCACUAAAGCAGAGGGCUUCCUCUCCAGGAUGGCCCUCAAUGACAACAAGGCUGGUAUGGAGGGUCUUGACAGGGACAAGAUCAACAAGAUCAUCAUGGAGUCAUCCAAGGGAUCUAGGUUUUAUGAGAAUGAGCUGAAGAGAGAGCAGCAGGUGAACCAGCGCAUUGUGAAAAUGAUGCUACAAAAAGCCCAGAUCACAGAACAACAGUUAAAGACAGCACAGGCUCAGGUGGAGAGGAUGGUCGCCGAGCUGGAGAGAAGUCGUGAUCUUAGUCGUGUGAUUGUACAUGUGGACAUGGAUGCUUUCUACGCUGCUGUGGAGAUGAGAGACUGUCCUGAGCUGAAGGACAAGCCCAUGGCUGUAGGAUCCAUGAGCAUGCUGUCAACAUCUAACUACCAUGCCAGGAAGUAUGGGGUCCGAGCCGCCAUGCCUGGCUUUAUUGCAAAGAAACUCUGCCCCAACUUAGUUAUUGUUCCAGCCAACUUUGGUAAAUACAGAGCUGUGAGUGCUGAGAUCCGGGAGAUUUUUGCAGACUAUGACCCUCACUUCCAGCCAAUGAGCCUGGAUGAAGCCUAUCUGGAUUUUACAGAGCACCUGGAACAGAGGCAGAGCUGGCCGGAAUCCUCACGAACACAUCGCUUCCACUCUAGCAGCUCCGCUACAGGUGAAGAGCAGGUUGAGCUUCACCAGGAGGCAGUGUCAGAGGAGAGAGACAUCUCUCCAGUCCUGUUUGAGGACAGCCCGAGCUCCUCUCCCUGCUUGUCGGGCUCUGAAGCUGUCGGUGCGGCCUGUGGUGCGUUCGAGGUGUUUGGGACGUCUGUUGAGGAGGCUGUGAGAGAGAUGCGCUUCCGCAUUGAGCACAAGACCACGCUGACUGCCAGCGCAGGAAUUGCUCCAAACACGAUGCUUGCCAAGGUGUGCAGUGACAAGAACAAGCCCAACGGCCAGUACAGACUCCCCUCCACUAGAGAGGCAGUCAUGGACUUCGUCCAGAAUCUCCCUGUUCGCAAAGUUUGUGGCAUAGGAAAGGUGAGUGAGAAGAUGCUGAAUGCUCUGGGCGUCAGUAGCUGUUUGCAUCUUGGCCAGCAGAUGGAGUCGCUGUCGUUGUUGUUCUCGGAGACGGCCUGGCAUCAUCUCAUGCAUGUUUCCCUGGGUCUGGGCUCUACACGUAUGCAUAGGCACGAAGAAAGAAAAAGCUUGAGCACAGAAAGGACAUUUAAAGAAGUGUGUAAAGUGGAGGAGCAGUUGUCUUUAUGCAGGGAGCUCUGUGAAGACUUAGCAGAAGACAUGAAGAAAGAAGAGCUAAAGGGUAAAACUGUAACACUGAAGCUUAAGAAUGUGAACUUUGAGGUGAAAACCAGGGCGCUGACGCUGUCGUAUGCUGUUGCUACAGUGGAUGAGAUCUUCGCUGCUGCUAAGGACCUACUGAAAACGGAAAUUGACAAUGAGAGCCCCCAGCCACUCCGAUUGAGGCUCAUGGGUGUUAGAAUCUCCGCCUUUGUCAGUUCGGAGGAUAAAAAGCCCCUGCAGAGGAGCAUCAUUGGCUUUCUUCAGCCAGGCAAGACAGACUCUAGUGACUCGUCCCGAGGAAUGCAUCAAACGCUUGAGGAUCUCUCCGAUCCCUCCUUCCAAACCGUGCCGCCUGCUUGUCCUCCCCAGAGACGCGAGGAAGUUCCCUGGGGGAGGGGGUUAGAGGGGGGCCGGACUGGUGAGGAACCCAAACAGUCUUUCUUCCAAAGGGCUCAUGCUAAAAGACUGCAACUCCAGGCAGCGAAUGCAAGAACACAAGAGGAAGGACAUGGGGAGGAUGCUUCUGUUAUUACUUCUGCAGGCGCUUAUGUUGAAAAGGGUGUAGAGUCAUCAACAACAGAGAGUAACUGUACAGCCUCAGAUCUCUCAGAAAACGACUCUGUUGCCCCCGUGGAGGCCUGUGCAUCGACAUCAGGCUGUGGCGGCACAGUGUCGGAGAGCCUCACCUGUCCUGUGUGUUUCGGGCAGGUGGAGACGACCGAUUUAAACGUCUUCAACAGACAUAUAGACCAGUGUCUCAGUGAUGCCUCUAGAAAGCCAAACCAAUGGGCAAUUUCUGACACAGAGUCAGAUCUGGACCUAGAGAAUGACCGCAAAGACUUUGAAGUGGUGCAGUCGAGCAGAGUUGUUCCUCAGGAAGACCAACGCAGCUCGGAAAACGCUUCUCUUCAAACAAAUGUGUUGAUCAAUGGGGACAACAAAACGGUGACCUCGCGACAGCCUCAGUCAUGUGAUGGUAGAGGCCGCGUUCUCAUCUGCCCGGUUUGUCAGCUGACCCAGGAUAGUGAUGACCUCACUAUCUUCAACCGCCAUGUUGACCUCUGCCUGAACCAGGAGGUCCUGCAUGAGCUGGGGGGGCAGACAUCGUCUCCCAUAAAUCUGCCCUCCGUUAUAAAUGGCAAGGCCAUAGACAGAGGACGUCUCCUGCCAACACUAGCAAGUAAAGGCAAAACCAAAAGACGGGACUCUCCUCCUCCUCCUCCUUCUAAAAAGGCUAAAGGCCUCGGUCCCCGCAACACCAUCGACAAGUUCUUCAGGUGACAGUCGAGUCGCUUCUGGAGGAACUGAGAACGUUUUCAUCAGGAAAUGUAAAACGUCCUGUUCCACCGGGCAGCCAUAUUCAAUUUGUAAUUAAGAUCGCUGAUGUAAGAAGAUCAGUAUUUGCACUAAUAUGCCUUAUUUGUUCUGUAUAAGCCAUACACUAGACAAAAAUUAAUUAAAGAUGACGAAAGAUAAAUUCUGUUUUAAGAGUGAUAAAUUAAUGGAAUUAUGAAUGCCAGUUUUAUUGACUAUCUUUGUUACCGACUGAAGAUAAACGUUUUUAUUUUCCUGUAUGCAAAAUGGAUCAUGGGGGUAUUUAUUACGUGCUGAGGUGACAGUGCAAAUGUUAUUUUAUUCAGAUAUUUUCAGUUCAGUUGUAUUUAUUGUUUUCCAAUGAUAAUGCUGUAUAUGUUUAAUAAUGAAGAUAAGAGAAUCCUUCUAUCGUGUAAAUCAAAGUUGAAAUAAAAGUAUUUUCUGCUGAAAUUCCA